GAGGCGAGCCCGGCGCAGCGGCAGCCCCCCGGCAGCCCCGGGCCCGGCGGCGCAGCCAUGCCGGCAGCCCGCGCCGGGCCCCGCCGGGCCGCCCUGCGCCCGCUGCAUCGCGGCGCCCCGGCUGCAGCCAGCCGCGCUCCCCUGGGCACCCUGUCCGCCUCCUCCUCCUCUUCCUCCUCCUCCUCCACCUCCUCCUCCUCCUCCCACGGAGCCACCCUCCUCCUCCGCCCCCUCUCCCUGCCAGCCUCCUCCCCGCCCUUCCCCGCGCCCCACGCCGCUGCCGGAGCCGCGCGUCACUCGGGCUCCAGCCCCGCCGCAGACAUGGCGACGCUGGCCGCCGUGCAGCCGCUCACGCUGGACAGAGAUGUUGCAAGAGCAAUUGAGUUACUGGAGAAACUGCAAGAAUCUGGAGAAGUACCGGUACAUAAGCUACAGUCCCUAAAGAAGGUGCUGCAGAGUGAGUUUUGUACAGCUAUCAGAGAGGUGUAUCAAUACAUGCAUGAAACCAUAACUGUUAAUGGCUGCCCCGAGUUCCGAGCCAGGGCCACUGCAAAGGCAACAGUUGCUGCUUUUGCUGCAAGUGAAGGCCAUUCACACCCGCGAGUGGUGGAGCUGCCAAAGACUGAUGAAGGCCUGGGCUUUAAUGUGAUGGGAGGAAAGGAACAAAAUUCACCUAUUUAUAUUUCUCGCAUCAUUCCUGGAGGAGUGGCAGAAAGGCAUGGAGGGCUCAAACGAGGGGACCAGCUGCUUUCAGUUAAUGGAGUGAGCGUGGAAGGGGAGCACCAUGAGAAGGCAGUGGAGCUGCUGAAGGCGGCUAAGGACAGCGUCAAGCUGGUGGUGCGCUACACUCCGAAAGUGCUGGAGGAGAUGGAGGCUCGUUUCGAAAAACUGAGAACAGCACGGCGCCGGCAACAGCAGCAAUUGCUCAUUCAGCAGCAGCAACAGCAACAAACUACACAGCAAAAUCACAUGUCGUAGGUUAUUCUCAAGAAAAAAAAAGCCUCGAUCAAGAGUGCAGUAAUCAAGCAACCAGAGCUGUACUUCAGUAUUCCAGCAAAAGGGAACAACUACAGGAACACAAAACAGAAUUCAUCUGGAGAAUGUACAGUUCAAGAAUAAUGUAGUUAAGACAGCCAUAUAGAGGGUACUUUCAUUAUAAGGCUUUUCAGAACAUGGCAGUCACAGGUACAUACUACUUCUGUGACUCUGUGCCUAAUGAGAACAGCAUGGUAAGUAAACACUAUGAGACAGAGAAGUCCAGGGCUUCCAAAUAAUUCUGUUUGUUCUAAUCUUGCACUCCUUACUCUUACAAAUUGGCCAGUUGGCUUUCUCUAGUCAGUGAAAGUUUUGUUUUAAGGAGAACAAGAUUGGCAGCUUUGGGGAACAAAAUCUUUCUCUACAGUUAUCUCCAGAAAUAAACUACAUCAUUUCAGAAUUUAGCCACAGACAUCAAACUCACACGUUGCGCUUCACAGCCACUUUGUAAUUUAUAUUGUAGAGCUGUUUUAACCUAACUUCCUGUUUAUAAUUUUCAAUUUUCCUUCUGAAAAUAGCAAUUUACUAUAUUUAUAAAGUAUUCCAUUUGUAGAAGCAAUUAGCUUUUUACUCUUGGUGUUUCCAUAUAUUUUAUUAUGCAUCAACAGAGUGAGAAAGUUUUAGGUCAAUUUUAAUUUUAUUAGUAGUAAAGUUAGGGAAUCCUAGAACUGUAUUUUUAAAUGUAGGCAUUGCUUGUAUCUAUUAUAGCUACUAUUCAGAAAUCUAUAACUGGAUAUAUUAUAUAUUUAUUCCAUAAAAUAUAUAUUGUCUGAAUGUACCUGUUAGAGAAGUAGGGUCUUUGCUUAGCAUGUAUUGCAAAUGUAGUAAGCUAAUGUUAGCAAAAGACCAAGCUUUGUUUGGCAGAUAUUCCUGUGAUAGCAUAAUCUAAGCUUUUUUUUUUUUUUGUAUUAUUUAAUUUAUUUUCCAGUCUAAUGUUAAUAUAUUUUAGCGAGGAGGAAGUGUAAGUUGUUUCUUUUAAAUCCCUCACAUUGCUGUUUGAAUCAAUUUGAAGUUAAUAGUUCUGACUUUUUUUUUUUUUUUUUUUUUUAAUCAAACCAAAUUGGAAUGCACAAACAAAACACAUAAUUAAGUUCUUAAGUUUACAUGUCUGCUUUUCCAAAGAAAAUAGUCAAAGCUGGAAGGCUUUAAAUGUCAUCUGCUUUCAAGAAAUUAAGAAAGUGGAAUCCCCAUAUUCUAAUAAAUGAUCAUUUAAAGCAUGCCUUCUGUGCUACAUUAGGAAAUGCUUGGAGGAGAAAAAGAGCUUAGGGCAGAGCCCUACAGCCCUUGCAUAUUGAAAACUCUAGCUGAUGUUAGUGAAAGUUUAGCAAUGCAAGGAAAGUAGAAAUAGUCUGAACCAGUGUUCUGGUUCUGAACUUGGAAAAAAGUCAGCAACAGAUAUUAUUUUGAAGGAUCUACUCCCAGAGGGAGGCAAAGCAAAGCAGGGGUAAUGGGCAGUAUCAUAUGUACGUUAAAAAACAGAUGGAGGCUGGCCACCAGUCUUGACAGUGUUUUAUUAGUGUAAGUAGCAAUUGAAAAGAAAUUACUGUAUUUUUAAAGCCAGACAUCAUGAAUACAUGCAGAAAAAGCUCAUUUUAUACAGAAAAGUAAUUCUAUCCAGUGGCUGUUGGUGGCAAUGUCAAUUAAGACAGUGGAGCUUGAGCACUACCAGAAUUAAAGAUGAAAUAUAUUGUAUUGUGCUCUGCCCAGUGUCUUUUUAUAUUUAAUAAAAUUGUAUGUACCUAUUUUAAAGCUGUUUUCUCAAACAGACACUGCUGUUAAUAUUGACAGUAUAUAACUUGUUAUUAUGACGACAUAAAACUGUUCUGUAUCUCAUCAGUAUGAUUUGAGUUACACUGAUAUUUGUGCAUUUUCAGAGACCAAAUAUUAUUCAGGUUUAGUCAGCCCACUGUACUGCAUUUUUCCAGACUGCCUCUCCACCUCCUCCCCUCCUCUUCCUCAAAAAAUUUAGGUUUGAUGGAGUGGAAUGUGCUGAUUAAUAAAUUUCAAUAAUAGAAUGUCAUUCAUAUAGAGAAGCAUAUCAAAUUCAUUUUCAUAUAUUAUUAUUCAAUAAAUUAUUUAUACACACUAAUAUUAACACUCCAGUCUUUGCCAGCAUUUAAAAGUAACAUGAAAGACAAAUACAAGUAAAAUAUAACCAUUAACAAAUGUGAAGUAGAAGCAGGGAGAAAAAACUCCUUAAGGGUUACUUUUCAUGCCCCCUACUGAUCAAUAAAACAUAGCCACUUCAUCACAGAGUAAUCUGCGUCUCUUAAAACUAUCAUUGCAUUUUGUUAUAAACAGUCUGUCUAUUUGUGAUUUUAAUGCCUUUGGUACUGAUGCAGUAAGGCAUUGACACACAGGCACUCCAAAGGCCCUAAAAGUAGUUCAGGGAGGACAACAUUUACCACAUGCAGGUCUGCAGGUACUUUUGCAUCACAUUUGAACUGACUGGUCUCCUGACAUUUGCUGUUUCACUACGCAGAGUUUACUGUUUCACUACACAGACUGACAUUCCUUCAGGCAACUUAGUGACUUUUAUUGCUCACAUUUACCCAUGGGGCUCCCUCACAUGCUUCCUUGCACUGGCAGCAAAUCGAACUAGGAGACCAGGAAGUCUUUUCUGUCUCCUUACUACAGUAACCAAAGGGGUGUUGCAAUUUUUACAAGCUGUUGCAUUAUGUUCACCUAUGCCAAAGAUUCAGAUGUAAGAACUGAUAACAAUAGACAUUCAGGGUUGGUGUCAUUUACUUACAGAAGUUGAUGGAUCUGCUGUUCUAGCCAUAGUUUUUCUAUUUGUGCCAUUUGAUCUGACUGGCAGUUUAUAGGGGAUUUAAUGAUUUUAUAUCCCUUGACAAAGUGAAAAGCUCACCAGGUUGCAUUUUCCUCUUCUCCUUCUACAGUGACAAAUCAUAGAUGAAAGGUCAAUGAACACACGAGUGGAAGCAAUGACAUAAAAAUCUGUCUGCAGUGCCUUGGCGAAUAAUACUGCAGACCUCUUAGUCCUAUGUGUUGUACCUUUUGUACAUAUUUGUCACAGCCAAUGUGACAAAUAUGACCUUUGGGAACUCUUGCAGUAGGCACAAAAAUAUAUGCCACAUUUGCUGGAUAAGAAACUGUUUAUUCAGCUACUGAUUUUAGAGAUUUUGGAGUUCUAUAUGAAAUCUAAGAUCUUACAAGCAAACAAGGUUUCUAGAAUAAAAAAUGCCAUAGAACAAGAAGGUUGUUUUUGCCUGUGCUUGAAAUAAUACAGAAUUUUGAGCAUAAUUACAGAAUUAAAAAUAGUUAUUGUGUGCAUACAAGAUGUAUUUCAUUAUAAGAUGAGAGACUGUUUCAGAAAGUAGCAGCUAUGUUAAAAAGUAUGAGUUU